CAAAAACAGGGGGACGGAGGAAGUAUUUGAAAUAAUACUUUUUUAUCACUUGUUCUCUUUAGUUUGUGAAAUAUUUUCAUAAGAAUUUCUUGUAUUUUAUUUUUCCUUUUUAAAUUUUUUAUCUUUCUUUGGUUAAAUUUAGUUUCAAUUUUUCAAGAAUAAAAGGUUUUGUUGCAUUUUAUUUUAUGAUGUAAACUAGGUAUCCCAAUUCAUUUCUAAACGGAAUCAUCCCGAAUGAACCAUACAGAACGGAUGCUUCUGCAGUUCUGGAUAGAUCUGGAUGGGUACAACCUAAAAUCUACAUUUCUUCUUCGAUUCACACAAGCCACGCCAGAGGGGAGUUCGCCAGACAUCGCCAGAGUUGUCGCCGGAGGUUGGACACGAAUCUUCGCCGGAAAACCUGCCGGAGCUUCGCCGAGGAUUCGCCGGUGUAAUUUGAGAUUUCUAAGCCGAUUCAAGAGCAAAGGCUCCAUCACCGUCCCCUCAUUUUCGUCGGAGCAGCGGAAACAGGGGAGGCGGCAAUUCAUCCCCCCUUCUCCACCGCAGCUGCAGCAGCGUUCCGGCAACGGCGGCGUAGGAAUAAGAAGGAAGAAGCUUCUGUGCUGUUCCAGAUCCGGCCUCUACUCUUCUUCUGGCCCCACAAGCUUUCAGAAGUAGUAAUUAGGCCAAAAGGACGAGGUCAAGUUCCAAUAGAUUGAUGAGUUAUCAUUUGGAAAUGCUCUGCCAUUGUAGAAAGCUUGUCUUUAGGUUGAUAUCCAUUAUCAUUUAUAUCUUCAUCGGUCCAGUAAUGAUUCAUGGGAGUAAGUGAGUGCUUCCUUUCAUUCAUCUCAAAAUUCAUACUCACUUUGUUCCUCAAAGAAGUUCUUGUUACGAGUUACAAUUUUUACAAUGUUUGAUUGGAAUUAUUUUCAACUCAGUUUAUUUGGGAAUUGGAAGAUUUUAAAAAAAUUCAAAAUUCAUAUAUUUGAAAAACUACAUCAAAACUUCUACAAAAGCGUUUGUUACUUUGAUAACAUAGAAGACCUUUUUUUGGGACCGAGGGAGUAGUAUUUAUUUGAUUGCAUAAAAUUGAUGUCGUGUCUUGUUAAAAUUCGUUCGUGCUUCAGUGAUUGCUUUUGUAUUUGAGCCGGGGGUCUCUUGGAAACAUUCUCUCUACUUCAUAGUAGGGGUAAACUUUGUGUAUACACACUCUCCACACCCUACGUUUUGUGGGA